UGAUUGUCAACCUAUAUUCAGUUCCGCUUAACCAAUCACUUACUUUGUAAGAAUCAGUUCACAGUGCUUUUCAAGAUGGCAGAAUGUUCGGAACGGGAGGAGAAGCCCUCUUCCCUUGAUGAACCUGUAUCUCUCAAAAUAUACGUGGAGAAUGCUGGUAGUCAUGAAAUGCGGAAAAAUUGCUAUAAUGAUUUAAAUAGCAAGAACCACGAAUCCUCAAUCGAGUUAACUGAAGGUUCAAGAACAGGGGAUUUGAAAACAUUAACUGAUGCAGAAUUUCUUCAUUUGCUGAAAGAAGCUACUACUUUUAAUCAGCCAUCUCAACCAGAAAGUGUACUGUUGAAACAGUUGAGGAAAGAAGUGUCAGCAAUUCCAGAAACCAGCAGCAAUGUGACAUAUGUUGCCAACAGCUCUUCGAGAUUUGUACCCAAAUCUAACACUGACAAUUGUGACCUUCCAGACAUUUCUUAUGAAAGCAAUUAUACCUGUCCUACUUCCCAAAGAACUAGAAAACAAAAGCAUAAUAAAAGUGAUUCUAAACCUAGUUUAAAUUUAAACGCAUUAGAAAAAAAUCCUAAUCGUUCUCAGUCACUAAAAGACUUAAGUUCUGAUUCCGUUAAAUCAAAACAAAAAUCUCACAAAUCUCAAAGGACGCUCUCUCUGUCAUCUGAAGAAGCUAUUGCUCUUAUUUCAGACUCUUUCACCUCAAAACCUUCAAAAAAAUCCAAGCAAUCUAAUAGUUCCAAGAGUGAACUGAACAAAACAAAUAGAGGCCCAUCCAAAGUGCCUCCAAGUUCUGAAUCUUUGAUUACAUUAGAAAUAGAUGAUGUUAAUAGCAAAGGACCUCAUUCAAGUAAUUGUGAAAGUUUGCCUUAUCAGUUGUUAGUCAAUGAAACUGCCAUUUCAUUACCAUCCAGUAGAAAGAAUUCAAGUAGUGAGAAAAGUGCAAUAGACUGUCCUGUGGAGAUUGAAAUGGAAGAAAUCAAAUCAGAUAAAGAUACUAAAAAUGACAAAGCAUUGUCUAGUAAUAAAGAGUUAAAAACAAAAAAUGGUCCUCAGCAGAGCAACAGUAAAUUUUAUGUUGAUUAUACUAAUGAUGUAGAUGCAACUGUCGCAUUUCCACUAAAGCUUAUUUCAAGCGUUGAUGAACAAACUGAAGGUCUAACUGAUCAAUUCAAAAGACAAGUGUUUCCUAUGGUUCCAUGGCCCAAACCUGUACAAGUACAGUCUUUUUUCAGUUCAUUGCCUAUGGAGGGUGAUUCAUUUAGUUCUAGAAAUGAGAAGCAACUUCAAGACAUAAAUGGAAAUCCUUUUACUCGACCUUCUAGACCGUCUAGCCUUGCAUCCUUUGUGUCAACUACUCUACUGGACUACAAUAAUUCUAGUUUGAUCUCAGAACCUAAAAAUCGAAAAAAUAAACGUGCUAAAAAUGCUGUGGACAACUCAGUCCGAUCUGAAGACAUAGCCGGCUAUAGAGGUAAAGAAGAUAUAGAUUCUUUAUUGGAGUACAUAAAUUCAUCAGACAAAAAUAAAAAAUCUACAGUCAAAAGCCCACAAAAUCAAUUGUUAUCAAACAAAAAUAGCAUGUUUCAUGAUCAUGACAAGAAAAAAUCAAUCAAAGAUUUUAAAAAUUGUCAGAAAAACUUAAUAAAUUCUGAAAAGAAGAAAUUAACCCGAUGUAAUUCUUUAGAAAGUAUCCCACACACUGAAAAAGAUAAGCCAUUGACCUAUUCAUACGAAGCGGGUGAUACUCGAAUGGAAUCUCCACCGAAAGAUGCCACUGUUGCUAAACAGUUAGAUAUCAACAGUAAUGUAGAAAAACGUUUAUCUUAUUUAAAUGAAAAAAGUAAUAACGCUAGCAGUACUGAAGAAAUAUGUACUCAAAAUUUGAAUUACACCUUUCCAGAAGUUUCAAGUUUUGCUGCUGACUUCUACUCUACUGCUAAUGUUUCUUCUCAGACGAAUGAAGAGUCUGGUUUCCACGUAGUGAAGAAAAGACACAAACGGAAACAAAGUAAACGGUCUGAUAGUUAUAGGUGGAGGAAUGGUCAGAUACAACAUAAAAAUGGAAUGAUGAUACCUCUUGCGGAUAGUAAAUGCGGGAAGCAGGAUUCGCGUCGCAAGUCUACGAGUAGCGUGCCCCAUUCUGAGCAUACCUCUAACGAUAAUUCUGAUGCAGAUAGUGUUCACUCUCUUCCCGUUGUUAGUUCGAACCUUCCGACUCAGACCGGGACUCUUCCUCAUACGACUCCAUCGUCAUCGUCAUCCACACCUCAGGCGUCGUAUGCAGAUAUAGCUAGAAUGCCUAUCACAAAGCUCAAUUCACCUGUACCAUGCAUGAUUUCUUAUAGUGGACAAAACAAGCAGCAAGGUGGUGAUAUGGAAAAGAUAGAUUCAACUACCGUUCCUCAUACAAGUCGUAAAGUUUCAGAAUCCCAUGAAUCUUCCAAGUCACUUAACAAGGAAUUAUCUUGCGCAGCUGGGGAGGACAAGCGAAGCGGGCCUGAAAGUACAAUACAAACUCAUGUUAAAUCAACUAGAGAAAUAAACACUCAAACCGAGCCACAGGGUUCAGACACCGCUAGUUCACAUGUUAAAAAAACUGACACAGGCCAUGUCUGUAGUAAUUGCCUUUUGCCACAAAGUGAAUGUUCUUGUUUGAAACAGCCAUCUAGUGUUCGACGGAAAACAAAAAGUGCUGACAUUCCUCCGGUUAUCAUGGAUAACAUGCCUCCAGAAACUAAUUCCUGUAAUUUUACAUUCGGAUUUGGCAUCGAUGAAGUCCUUCGAAUGACACCUUCAGAAAGUUUGCCUUGCCCUAAGAAAAUCAUUAAUGAAGAUUAUGUUGAUAAGUGUGAUUUUAAAAAUACUGAGACUGUAGAUAAAUCUAUAGCUUUAAAUGAAGUUUCAAAUGCUAGUAGUGACUCUUAUUCUAAAUGCUCAUUAACUCCAGAUGCAACACAAACUAUUCUAAGUCAAGAUCUCCCCAAGGAAAAAUCUAGUCAGCGAAAAAAAGUCACUUAUGGUUCUUCUGGAAAAAGUUUAGUUUAUUGUGAGACUGAAAUUAAUUCAGAGAAAUUUAAUUCUUCACAAUUCUCAAAUUUCAUGGAAAGUGAGUAUCAGGCUGUAAAAGAAGAGCUAAAAGCUUUUUCAGAUGGUAAAAGCAGCAAGAGGGUAGUAUACUAUAAAUGCAGUGAAGAUACAGUUCCUUCUAAGCCACACUGAUCAGGAAAGAUAUUGCAUCUGGGUCCAAAUAGAGAUGUGACACAUGUUGGGUAACUUGAAUGAAGAUACUCAAAACCUGCCAUUGGUGAAUGUGUUCCAGGAAACUUGCUUGGCUAAUCAUAUUCAACAAAAAAAAACCCUCAUGACAUUAUUUCUAAAUACUUUUUCGAAGGAAAAAAAAAUAUAUUGCUGUCUUUGGGUUGAAAUUAUCAGUAUAUGCCUUUCUUGGCUCUAGUGCUGUGAUUUUUUGACUAUAAAUGGAUAGUUGAAUUCUAGCUUAUAAAAAAAAAUAUUCUUUUUUUAUAAAUAAAGAUGUAUGCAAAACUGCUUAUCAGAUACACUUGUUUAAGAAGCAAAGAAAAAAAAAAUCCUUUUUCAAGUGAAGUGUUGCCUGGACAAUGAGGAAGUCCACCUUGCUAUUUAUUUAAAUGGUAUGUUGUGCUUUGUAGUGUGGGGAUCCCAGAAUCUGCAACUCACUAAAGUUCUUUUACUGUAUACAUAUAGUUAUUGUCAGUUAAUUCUAUGUCCUUCUAAAAUUUGGUUGUUAUGCAUAAAUUUUCAUAUGAGUAUAAAUUUGUUACAAAUUUUAGGAGUUUUCUAUUUGUCAAAUGCUGUUCAUGGAUUUUACUAGACCUUUUAAUCAAUUACAAUUGUUUUUUAAUGUCAGUUUUAUGAUUUAAUUUGAAAUUUUCAUUUCCUAUUGUAUCAAAACGAAGAAAAAAAUCGCAUGCAGACUAGUAUAAUCUUGUAUUUGAUGAAAGUUAUUUUAUUACAAAAAUUCGU